GGCCGCCGCCGCCGGAGCCGCCGCGCCGGAGAGCCGCCGCCGCCGCCGCCGUCGCCAGAGGAUGCGCCGCACAACAGUGUUCUAAGAACGGGAGCAUCUGGGCUGAGUGGCAUUUAGCCUCAGAAACAGUUGUCUUUCUGCUGGGAAGGCGGUCAAGGGCGUGAAGAUGAAGCAGGCCCCGGAGGUCGUUGGCGGCACAAAUGGGAAGACGCAGAGCUGUGAAGUGAGCCGUGAGUGUUCCGUGUUCCUCGGCAAAGGCCCGCUCUCCGCAGGCCUGCAGGAGGGGGUGGUGCCCAAGUUCAACGGCCACGAGGCGCUGCCCUUCAUCCCGACUGAGAAGCUGAAAGAUCUCACUUCCCGCGUCUUUAACGGAGAGCCCGGUGCUCACGAUGCCAGGUUGCGUUUUGAGUCCCCGGAAAUGAAGGGACUUGGGACACCGCCUAACACUACCCCUGUCAAAAAUGGCUCUCCGGAAAUCAAGCUGAAAAUCACUAAGACGUACAUGAAUGGGAAACCUCUCUUUGAAUCUUCCAUCUGUGGCGACGGUGCUGCUGCUGGGCCCCCAUCAGAAGAGAACAGACACGGUCCAGAAAGUAAGGCGCGGAGGAGCAGGAAGAGAAGCAUGAAGUACGACUCCUUGCUGGAGCAGGGCCUUGUGGAGGCAGCCCUGGUGUCCCGGAUUUCGAGUCCCUCGGAUAAAAAGGUUCCAGCUAAGAAAGAAUCCUGUGCAAACACGGGCAGAGACAAAGACCACCAGCUGAAAUACACCGUGGGCGAUCUGGUGUGGUCCAAGGUGUCCGGGUACCCAUGGUGGCCGUGCAUGGUCUCGGCGGACCCCCUCCUGCACAGCUACACCAAGCUGAAAGGUCAGAGAAAGAGUGCGCGCCAAUAUCACGUCCAGUUCUUCGGGGACGCCCCGGAAAGGGCGUGGGUGUUUGAGAAGAGCCUUGUCGCUUUUGAAGGGGAAGGACAGUUCGAAAAAUUACGCCAGGAAAGUGCCAAGCAGGCACCCACGAAAGCUGAGAAAAUCAAGCUGCUGAAGCCCAUCCCAGGGAAGCUGAGGGCCCAGUGGGAGAGGGGCCUUGCGCAGGCGGGAGCGGCCGCGGGCAUGCCUGCCGAGGAGCGCAAGGCCAAGUUCACCUUCCUCUACGCGGGGGGCCAGCUGCGCCUCAACCCCCACGUGGCGAGGGAGGCGGGCCUUGCCACGGAGUGUGUGGGGCCAGCGCUGGAGGCCUCGGGAGUCGUGGACGACAACGACACUGCUGUCCCCGCGUCCACAGGGGACCAGGGUGUUCCCGUCAAGCGGAGGCGGGGGCCCCGACUGUGUGGCCCUGCCGAGGGCCGGGCUAGCGACCCUGGGGCCGUGAGGAGCAGCCCGCAGAAGGCGGCGGAGGCCGGCCCCAGGAGAGGGCUGGGCUCGCCACCGGGGAGGAAGAAGGCAGCGGCCUCCACGCCCAGGGGCCGGAAGGGCGACGCAGCCUCGCAGUUCCUGGUCUUCUGCCAGAAGCACAGGGACGAGGUUGUGGCCGAGCACCCGGACGCACCCGCCGAGGAGAUCGAGGAGCUGCUGGGGUCCCAGUGGGACCUGCUCACCGAGAAGCAGAAGGCGCGCUACCACACCAAGUUCGCCCUGCCGGCCCCUUCCCAGGCGGAAGAAGAGUCUGGUCACUUAAAUGGGAAAAAAAGAAACCACACAAAGAGGAGACAGGACCCUACAGAAAACGUCGAAGUGGAGGACGCACCCAGGAAAAGACUCAGGACUGACAGGCACAGUCUUCGGAAGAGAGAGACUGUCGCUGACAAGACCGCCCGAGCAAGCUCUUGCAAGGCCACGGAGGCCGCCUCCUCUCUGAAGAGCCAAGCAGCCACGAAGCAUCUGUCUGACGCGUGCAAGCCCCUGAAGAAGCGGAACCGGGCCCCCCCAGCGGCACCCGUGUCUCUCGCGUUUAGCAAGAGUUCGUCUCCUUCUGCCUCCUUCACUGAGAAUGAGCUUUUAUGGGAGCCCACAUCAGCCAAGCUGGACUUGAACUCAGCUGCUCUGUGCUGCACUUAAGUGGUGCAAUAUUCCAGGAUGUCUGCUGCCGGCGGCGCCCGUGGGCACACUCAGUGGCAUUCCUAGCACUUUCUCUCAUGGAAGAUGUGUGUGAUCUGUUUUUUCUGGUCUUGACACACACACAAUGAAGAAAACAGAUAACAAAUUGUAAGACCAAGGUAAGACUCCUGAUCAAGGCCAUUGAACCGACCACAUUCAUCUCAUAGCAGAGACACAUUCACAUUCCGGUCAGCAAGGCAGAUGUCACCUCGAAGGAAGGCUCUUCCACCAGGGCGUCUCGGGCCCGUGAUCAGGACUCCGAACAGAAGGGUUUAUCCUGUCAGAAGUCAUUUUCCUCCUCUAGUUCAUAGUUCACUGGAUUUUUAUUGAAACAGUGUCAGCAUCUGUACCUUCAAAAACAAAGAGCAAACCGCACACGUUGAAAGGAGUCCCCUCACCUGUUCGUUGCUGAUGGGACGUAUUCAGUCCUGUAGGUAGAAACGAAUUUCCAACAUGAAAGGCAGGAAGACUUUUGAUUCUUUUUUUUACUAAACAGUUUUACUAUGACACUAGCUGCAGUAAAUUUGUAGGAAAAAAUGUCACUUCCAGUCUCAUUGUGAACACUGAACUGCAGUCCUCUGAUUCAGCAGCCGGUCUCUGGGGGACACAGUGACCAGGUUGUUCACUGGCCACUUCACGAACUGCGUCUGUAGCGCCAGCCCUUGUAGUAGGUGUUGGCCCUGGGUGACCACCCGGGGCGCUUGCAGGCAGGAAGGGCCUCUGUCCCUCUGCUCACGGGGCGGGGGCUCUCCCAGCUGACCCCUCAGACGUGUGUUACUUUUGAUGAGUUUCUCAUGAACACUGUGUCCUAAGCCGGAAAGCAGUGUGGCGCACGUGAAGUGCCAGGUGCCUGGCCCCUUGCAAGGACUUAGUGGUUCAUUACUGUGACAAUAUUGGUUAUAACAAUAAAGUAAUAAAGUCAUCAUCAUUCCACUUUAUCCGUGAGUAUACAUCGUGCUCUGGCAUGAGAAGUGGUCCCCGGGUGGCACUGUGCACGCGGGGCGAGGUAACCCUAGUGGCAGACGCUUCGGGGCUCUGGACUGUGGCUGAGGGCUGGCGGGUGGCUCUGCUCCAGUGCAGGGGAACAGGAAGAGCUUGGCAGAGAAGUAGGAGUCUCAAGACACUAGUCACUAAAUGUUAAAAUGUGAAAAAAAAAAGUUCUUGUAAAACUGACCCUAGUUCAGGAAACCAGCACCCAAAGUAAAGACUCUAGCCUGAAAGGCCUUUGACGAGAAUUACAAGACUGCAUCUGCAGUCAUAGCAUGUGGAUCUUGAGCGGAUGCACUAGAAGUCAGCCAGGAAGCAGGCGCUUUCCUCUCCACCAAGGGUGAGACCGCGGCUGGAGGAGCAGCAGGGUUCGUGCGGGAGCGGCAGGGAGGGGCCUGUGCAGGGUCUCCCAGCUGGCGUGGGCAGCUGUCUUGGCAUCCUGCAGUGGUGUCCAGCAGGGGCGGGUUGUCCCGUGCCCGGUGCGCCAGUAGAGGUCUUGCUGAGGAACAGCGUGUGGGAGCAGAGUUCCUGAGGCCCCGGGGCUUCCUGGAGGAGGUGAGUGGACACGGGCCCCUGUUGGAUGAGCUCGGUCGUCCGUCCGCCUGAGCUCACUGGGCUGCAUCCCGCCCCCCUGCCACGCACAUGCCCGCCGUCCAGCGUCUGGGCACUGCUGCUCGUUCUCAUCCUGCGGCCUCUGGGUGGCCUUUGGUUGAGGCACAUUUUGCUUCCGGCGUACGUGGAUUGACCCCUCCUUCCCACCAUGCCUGUGCCCGGCAGGGAGGCGGCUGUGAGAGGGGACUCGAGACCCAAACAUGAGGCCAGAGGUGAGAGCUCGCCCGAAUUUGCAACUGUUGUGCAGAUGAGAGGGCACGUGCGGGCCGUGGAGCUGCCGCCACCCGCCGCCUGGAGACCCUUGUCCUCUUGUGAGCCGCUCCCCAGUGUCCAGUGCGGAUGACUUCAGGUCAGGUUGCAUCUCAGGACUCUGUGCGAUCUGUUCGAUCUGUGUCUCCCCACUGAAAAUAACCCUAGUACAUUAAAGAGGAUGCUCCUAAAAACCAACAAGAAACCCAAAGUUUUACUACAAGAAAGCAAAGUUUCAGAAGCAUAAGGCAAAGGUGGCUUUCCCAGUGCGCGAGGGGCCGCCUGCCUGCCCGCCCUUCAGGGAGGGGUGCACUGCUUCGGGGGCAUCUCUGAGGGCCCCUCCCCAGCUUUAGAUGUGCCCGACUCCGUGGUUUUCGUGGGACAUUCACACUGAGGCACAGGAAUGUUCCAGAUGGAGCGCUCAGGGACAGAGGCGCGGGGCAGGGAGAGACCCUUUCCAGAGGUUCCCGUAGUCGUGACAUCAGUGCUGAGUACACCCGAGGAAAGGAUGGAGAGGUGCGGGGUGUGUCACUCCCUCGGUCUCCUGGCCCCGGCCUGUUCUCCAACUUCGGACCAGAGAGGUGUGAGCCUGGCCACAGCAGGGCCAGUGCCUGCCUGAUGGGGCAACUCUCACAUCUACUGAGAGUCUUAGAAACGUUCUAAGGAAGAAGAGUCAGACUGUGAGUUAGCGUCUACUUCUAAAAACAAAAACGUGCUCGCAUGUGGGUGUGAAGUUAGGGGUUUCGCCCUGAGGCCUGCUGUGAGUGGCAGGCGAGGGCUGUGGGUUUGCUCGUUCUGGGUGCAGCGUAGUCGUCUUUACGUAAAGGAUCAUUCCAGGAGCGAGAGCAGCACUUGGUGGGUGAUCCUCGGAUGACUUGGGUGAGGCCGCAGACAGGUGGGCGAGGAGUGGCUCCUAUCUGAAAAGGAUGACAGAAAAUACUGCCACUGUCACUUUGGCAAGUUUACUUGACUUCUUUUCCAUUUGAUUUCUAACUUAACACGCUUCUGAAGCAAAUCUAGCACUUUUAGUAAAUUAAUUCACUUUUAAGGUAGUUCUGGUCGGGUGGACGUCUACGUGGGCUGGAUGAGAGCUGCCCUUACAUCGUGUGAAACUGUGGACUUUGUGCUUUCACAUCAGUGGUGAGGUAAGCCAGCACCUCGGCCCUUCAAAGUCUACAGACAGAAGGAGUCGUCACUGAGGACCCAUUUAUCUCUCAGAUCGUGGGUCUGAACUAGGGUCUUUGCUGGAAGAAUCGAAACAUCACUUUUUUUAUUUAAAAGAUUUCCCAGAAUGUUCCCAGAUCUGUUACUGGCUUCUUAUUGACUUUUUAUUUAAAAGAAAUAUGCUGACUCCUGUAUACUUUAGGAUUUUUGGUCAGUGAAAUUGAUUUUCACCCCUUUGUGUAUUGUUUUUGUUGUUUUACGUAGAAUAUUAGAAAUUACUACUGACUUACAUGCCAGUGACAGAAAGUUGACUGUGCUUAGCAGCUAGAAAACACAUACCUGGUACCUCCCUCACUGCUUGUACCACCAGGUCCGGGCACCUCCACCGGCGCGGGCAUCCCGAGGGAGGCCCCCAGUGGUGCUUGGGUGUUCAGGAACCGGACAGGCCUCCUCUUGUCUGGUGCCUCUGCAGCUCUGUGGUUGUCUUUUCUGGCCGGCAUGUAGGUGUUGGGUUUUUGCAUAUAAUUAUUUGGCAUCUGUUCUGAAGCGUGUGCUACCCACUCAGGGCGUGUUGCACCUUCCGGAAAUGACCGCGGUUUGGGAGGGUGGCCCUGCCCAGCGGGUGGGUGGGCCUGGGUCGCUGAGCCUCGAGUGCUCCGGGCAGACACGGCUGUCCCUGCGGCCGCCAGCCGGGUCCCUCCCCAGCCUGUGCUCCACAGACGGCCACAGCUGGGACACAGCUGGGUUGAUAGGAAAUUUUAGACUCAUUUUACCUGUGACGAGGACUGGCCUUGAAUCUGGAACAGCAGAGCCACACGGCCCGACUGGCCAUCACUUGGUUCUCACUGGCAGCUUCCAGGGCUGUUGGAUCACACAGGAGCGACUGAGGUUAGAGGUGGGUUUGAGGACAGGGAGUGUUCUAGAAUUUAGGGGCAGCUUGCGUCAUCUGGAAGGGCUGGUUUAAUAAAAGUUGCUAUGAAUGCAGUGUUUCAGGUGAUGAAUGACUAAUUUCAAAGUUAUUUGAAUUCCACCCUAAUGUUUCACUGUGAUAUUAACUUGGAAGACCUGUCUGAGAUUAGUCUGUGGAUUUUAAGCUCAUUAAACCUCCUAAACACAGGCUUCUUACCACCUGUCAAUCCACAGUUCUGUGUGAAGGUACUUCUGGUUCUCUGUUUCCUCCUCUGCUUUGCGUAACUUAAACAUGAAAGUAAUGUUGAUUUAUAGAAAUAUUUGUUGUGCAAGGUCUGUAAUUGUAUUUCACAAAUGAUGUAGAAUUCAACUUGUGAAGGGAUGUUUGUUAAAAGGCCUGACAUCCACUGUGUGACACCGGCUGAGGUAGGAGACUGCUUUCCGGUCACAGCAGGGAGGACCUGCUGGGGAGUCACAUAGUCGCUUCUAGAAGUUGUUGCACUGUGUUCCUUACUGUCACCUGGAAAACCCCCUGUAAUAUCACGGAGACUGCAUUCUCUGCCCGUAGAGGAAUGAGUCUCUAAGGCAAGCAGGAGACUCAGUGCUGUCCCAGACUGAGUAGAGAGGAGAGUGUUUUCAGACUGGAGAGAACUGGAAGCGGGGACUAAGCUGCGGGGCCGCCGGCCACGGCGUGGCUCUGGUGGAGCUGGGGCGACGGGAAGCGCUUGACGGUCCGUGCCCCUCGGGCUCCGCUUUCUCUUUCCAAUGCACCCCGCUGGACGAGGAGUAGACCGUAGAUGUCCCAGACUGGGACUGGGAUGGUGCUGGGACCAUGCGGGUGAGCGUGUCGCUUUCACGGCCGCAUCUCGCAGUCAGUGCCGCUGGUGCCCGCGGAGGUGGAGCCUGCAGCCGGAGCGAGGCCCCGCUCUGCCCCAGGCGGGCGGCCAUGGGGGCUUCCGAGCGAGCGGCGCUGGACCCCGCCUGUGUGCUGGCUGCGCGCUGGGCGCGGGGAGGGGCGCGGUGGGCUGGGAGUCGGGCCCCCCGCACCGUGUCAUGGACUGUACUGUUGUUAAGUCCUGUAUUCUGUAUGUGUACCUCCAACCCCAACCAGGAAACGAGCCUCCUGUGUGUCCUUAACAUUUAUAUUUCAUUCAAAAUAUGUAUUCAGUGUUUAUUUCCUCAAAAAAGACUUUGUUAAUUUAGGAAAUAUCUCCAAGUGGAAACGUGCUAACUUUUUCUGUAAAUCUUAAAUAAAAGGUGCUGUUCCUUCCUUUGA